AUGGAUAACUCAGAGGUACUACAUUUGAAUUUAGUGCUGGAUCUGGUAUCCUUUUUCAAUAUUUUCAGAGGAGACAUGGAGAGAAUCAUCGAUGAACAUGCCCAAAACUUGGCACAAGCUUGUCGCGAUUAUCCCGAUGUAGAGGUUAUUCAUUCCGGAAGCGGAUUCGAAGGGCUUUCUCUUCCUCAACUGGUUCACGGUCAAACAUGGAAUACUGAUGCCGACCACAUGAUCAUCAAAACCAGCCCUAAAUUACAAGAAGGUGUGAAGCGAAAGGAGACCGAAGGAGAGAAAAGCAUUGAAGAAGACGAACACGUUGCGCAUGAGAAAGGGUCUCUUACUGACAAGGAACCAAAUAUCGCGGAAAAUGACCUGUUCAUUUAUGACGCUUCGCAUGCAGGAUAUUUACACUUGUCGAAUAAGAGGCUCAUUUUUCCAACUGAUUCAGAUUCUGUUCGGGAGCACUACCUUCAGAAUUCGAAAUUCAUCGAGAGUAGUCGGGAGCUCAUUCCGUUGAAUCUUCCAUGGCUGACAUCGAAGGAAGGCUCCAUUGUAGGUCCUUCGUAUUCCUUGCAGUAUGCCACUGGCUCAUAUAACGUCGAUCAUGACUUUGUAUAUGGGCUGAAAUGUGAAAAGUGGCCAUUGCAAGCGACGGAGUGGAUUCUUAGGGACAGGCCGCAAUCUUGGCCAAGUUUCGAGCAGGUUUCCGCGAUAUCAUCUCAGGGUUGUCAUGUCGUUCCGGUUGGUUCCCACAUGAGCCACCUCAAGGAGUUCGAGUGGCGAUUUUCUUUCUCUGUUGCUGAGCUGAUGCUUGCUCGUUCCCUGACAGACGAACAAAAGUUAGCAUACUCCGUGCUUAAGGUACUGAUCAAAAGUGAGAUGAAAUUGCGUGACGCAGAUGCUUUCGCCUCGUAUUAUCUCAAAACGUGUUUAUUUUGGUUGCUUGAGAAGAAGGGAGUCAAGGUUUGGAAUGAACAGAGCUUGGCCACAAAUGUUCUUGAACUGCUCGAUUUCCUUAUUGCAUUCUAUGCCAAAGGCUCGGUGCCAAAUUAUUUUAUUGCUAAGAACAACAUGGUGGAUCACCGCUCUCCUGAAGACAUUUUGAAAACGUGUCACGCUCUGAGGGAAAUCCGCGACUCUGUAACGCAAUCUUUUUGUCAUUACGUACAAAGCAAUCAAGUAUUGCCGGUUUUGUUUGAUACAUCGCUCACUCAGCUGCUCAAAGAAAACCCUACAAAGUUUCUCCAGAGUUGUAAAUACAAUUUUCUAGUAAUGGCUUUGGCUUAUAUUCUAAGACCCGUGAAGAAAGUUCAAAUUAACAUUUCGAGUCGGUGUCUCGAAUCUGCUGCUUGUCUGGUGAAGAAGGCCGAAAUUCUACACAGAGCUACUCGCGAAGCUGGGUCUCAAGGGUACACAAGGUUGCUUUCAGCUCUUUCUGACACUUUCACACCCGUUGAAAAUCCAACAACAAACAUGGUGCUUUCAAUGCUCGAGGAAUACUUAGCCACAGAUGAGAUGAAAGUAACGGAAGCGAGUGCUGUAGCCUUGGCGGUGUUUAACGUUUUUUUAGCUCUUCAUCCAUCGUCUCUCCACAAGGAAAGUUGGGACAAUUCUUUAGAGUUUCAUGAGUACCUGGUAAACCCCAUCUUCAAAGAUUGCCUCUUCUGGGCAGCUCAAGUUCACGAAAGAUAUUGCGACGCCAUCUAUAACUUUGUCGUAAAGAAAUGGGUUGGUGGACCCAACUUUUUUACAACGGAUCACGAAGCCACCAAGUUUAUGAAGCUUCUGAUGGUAAUUCUUGGAAAACCUACCAAGCAGGCAAGCGCUGUGACUGGAUCUUUGUUUCGGUCAAGCAAUGAAGGACAAAUGUUUUUCCUGACUCGUCUCCUCGCAGAUUAUUUGAUGCACGUUCAUUUGGAGUGCGCCUACGUCACAUUUCAAGCAAGCGCGUUCCUCAUGAACAAGAGCGUCCUAUCCGAAAUUUACUUGAGUAUUAACUGGGGAACCUACAAGCCAAGCCAACUGCUCGCUAUUGAACUAGUCUUGUCUAAACAAGAAUUACAAGCUGAACUGUCCGAGGAAGACUUUACCAAGCUGAUUGAAAAGCAACACGAGUUGAAAACAGAACUUAGCAUUGGAUAG